AUGGUGCUCGAGGAGUAUACCUAUGUCUUCGUCAUCGGCACUUUGUUUGCCAUGCUCGAUGCCUACAACAACGGCGCAAACGAUGUUGCAAACGCAUGGGCGACCAGUGUCUCGUCGAGAUCCAUCUCGUACAGACAGGCAAUGGUCUUUGGCACUGUAUUCGAGAUGCUCGGCGCCAUCACUGUAGGCGCCCGGACGGCCGACACCAUCAAGAACGGCAUCAUCCCGAACUCGGCCUUCCAGGACAACCCCGGCGUCCAGAUGCUCGCCUUCACCUGCGCCCUCGCUGCCGCAUCUUCCUGGGUCAUGUGGUGCACAAAGCACUCGGCUCACGUCUCGUCAACCUACUCGCUCAUCUCCGCCGUCGCUGGUGUCGGUGUCGCCACCGUCGGCGCCAAGGAGGUUCAGUGGGGAUGGAACGGCGGCAAGGGUCUCGGUGCCAUCUUCGCCGGCCUGGGCAUGGCACCCGCCAUUGCCGCCGGCUUCGGCGCCAGCAUCUUCAUGCUGAUCAAGGUUCUCGUCCAUAUGCGCAAGAACCCCAUGAAGUGGGCUGUUUACUCGUCGCCCUUCUGGUUCCUUGUCGCCGGCACCAUCUGCACGCUGUCCAUCGUCUACAAGGGCUCGCCCAACCUCAAGCUGAACAAGAAGCCUGGCUGGUACGUGGCGGCCGUGACAGUGGGCACUGGCUGCGGUGUCGCUGCGCUGGCGGCCAUCUUCUUCGUUCCCUUCGUGUACGCCAGGAUCAUCAAAAGGGACUACACGGUCAAGUGGUGGAUGUUCGUCCAGGGUCCUCUGCUCUUCAAGCGGCCCGCCCCUGCCGAUGCCGACCGGGCCAAGGUCCCCAACUACGCCGUCGUCCAGCAUGACGAUGAUGAUGAGCCCUCGACCACUGCACCUGGCUCCAAGGCGGCUUCCGAGAGCGGCGACGAGGCCAUCAUGACCAUUCCGGCAGGCGACGCGAACGAGAAGCGAAUCGUUGCGGCGACCGAGACCCGGAAACCGACGUACAAGGAGCUGCAGGAUCAGGGCGAGGAGCGACUUCACGCGAAACUGCGCAAGAAGAGUGGCCCAAUCGGCUGGGCGAUGCGCACACUGCAUGAGAACCCCAUGGGGCCCGGCCAAAUCUACGAAUCGCACAACGUCAAGAUCCUGAUGAAGCGCAUCCCGGCCAUGCUCGUGUGCGGCGCCCUUUACGGCCUGCACUACGACAUCCACGCGUCGCAGACGGGCAUCGAGGGCACGCCCGAUGGCGCGCGCAUGCAGCGUGUGUAUGCGAACGCGGAAAAAUACCCCAACGAGGUCGAGCACACGUACUCGUUCGUCCAGGUCCUGACUGCGUGUACCGCGUCUUUCGCGCACGGCGCCAACGAUAUCGGCAACUCGGUCGGUCCGUGGGCCGUCAUCUACUCGGCCUGGAAGACGGGCGAUGCCGCCGCGGCAAAGGCCCCCGUGCCCGUCUGGCAGCUCGCCGUCCUCUCCGCCACCAUCUCUCUCGGUCUCAUCACUUAUGGCUACAACAUCAUGAAGGUCAUGGGCAACAAGAUCACUUACCACUCGCCUAGCAGAGGUUGCUCCAUGGAAAUGGGCGCUGCCAUCACGGUGCUCGUCUUCUCGCAGUACUCGCUGCCCGUGUCGACGUCCAUGUGCAUCACCGGCGCCACGGUAGGCGUCGGUCUCUGCAACGGCACUCUCAAGGCUGUCAACUUCCAGCGUGUCGGCCUGCUCGUUUUCUCCUGGAUCAUGACCAUCCCCGUCGCCGGCACCAUCGGUGGCGUGCUCAUGGGUCUGUUCCUCAACGCCCCACACUUCCAAUAA